AGCGGCGCGCGACGAGGCCGUUCUACGCUAGUGCGGGGCGGGAGCCUGAAAACACGGCCCAACGUUGAGGCCCGACCCCAAAAUCCACCCCAACCCCUACGAAGCGCACGCGAGAGCAGCGUCGUGUCACCUGCCGCUGCCGUGUCCGCGACGUUCACCGAGACUAGAGGCUGUCGCGGCGACCCGUGCCUCCCGCCAUGGAGGGGAACGAGAGCAACCCUCUGGCCUACAAGCCACUCAGCGAGGACGUCAUGCACAUCAAAAUCGUGGCGGAGAAAUUCCAGCAGGUGCGCACGGAGAUGGUGGCCAACUUGACGAGGGAGCGCGCCCGGAACAAGGAACUGGAGGAUCGCCUCGUGCAGGCCCUGCAGUCUGAGAAAGUGGCCAUGAAGGCCGCCAGCGACUACGUCACGCUGGCCAAGAACUACGCGCUGCUGGACAGGGUGAAGACCAGACUCAUGGACGACAACCUGAAGCUGAAGGGGGAGAUCCAAGAGCUGAGGAACCGAACCGGCGUCGAGGCCGCCAUGGCGGCGGCACGCUGCGCGGCCCUGGAGCGCUCGGCCAAGGAGGCCCAGCGGGCCCUGGAGCUGGAGAAGCAGACGGCGCGCGAGCAGGUGCGGGAGGCGCGCGAGGCGGCGGAGAGGGAGAAGAAGAGCGCGCUCGACGAGUUCAAGAAGAAGGAGGAGGAGGCCCGGCUCGCUCACGAGGAGGAGCUGGCCUCGCUGCGCGACGAGAUCAAGAGCGUCCGCGAGGAGUGCGCCGAGGAGGUGAACCUGGCCGCGCUCGAGUUCGAGGACCGCAACGCCCAGCUGACGGACCGCAUCAACGCCCUGGAGGCAGAGAGCAGGUCCCUGCAGGAGCAGCUGUCUGCCAGCAGCGGGCACAUCGAGUAUCUGGAGUCGAGGAUGGCGAUGCACCACCGCGAGCAGGAGGCCGAGCGCAACAGGCUGAUGGAGGUGAACCGCUCGCUGAUGCUGCAGCAGCAGAGCCUCCUCCUGGCCUCUACGGCGCGCGCCGUCCAGCAGCAGCAGAGGCCUCGGCCCAGGGCGCCGCCACCAGCCGCCGCGGCUUCGUCGUACCCGCAGCUGAGCAUGGCCUGGCGGCAGCGCGGAGCAGUGGCCACCGAGCAGCCUGUCGAUGAGGCCCCGGCGGCCCCGCCCUCGCCGCCGCCGCCCCCCGUCGCGCCAGCGGCCGCACCACCACGGCGCAGGGGCGGACGCAAGCUCUUCGACUCUGACAUGAUGUAUCCCGCGCUGCCGGAGAGGGCCUCGAGUCAGGUGGCCGCGAAGGCGACGGCCUUGUCGUCGGCCGCGAGCAGGUCGACGGGGAGGACGGCUGCUACAACUUUACUCCUGCCUGCGUCUUCCAGGACGUCAGUUACACUUCCUCGUGCACCUCAGCCUCCAGCAGCCACCAGAACGGCGACGUUGGUCUCAGUGCAACUACCAGCGUCUUCAAGGACGUUCUCUGAACCAGAGCCUCCGCCCUCUAGGACAGCGCCCUCCAGCACAGCGCCAGUGUUUUCCUCAGAAAAACCUUCGCUCUUUAAGACGGGACUGACGGGGCCUGCACCACAUCCUACCCCACCCAAAACGUCCUCAGAACCUCAACGUUCUCCCUCCAGAACGACUUCAGCGUGCACCACAACACAGCCACCGCCUUCUUCACUGGAGGCAGAACCGACUGCAACAUUUCCUCUCGCAUCGACGGUCUUAACCAGCCAAGACGCCACGCGCACUGAGACACCUGCAGCCGCGAAGCCACCAAGUCGGUUUACCUUCAAGAAGAGGGUGUUUGGCACGUUCAACGCCCGUGUGAAUUCGCCCGCUCCUGUGCCUCUUUUCCCAGAGCUCACACACGAGCCACCUCCAGCCCGACCACCGCUCUCGGCUUCUCCGACAAUAGUGAUCCUUGAUUCGCCACCGGCUCAAUUGGGGCGAGUUGCUGAACAAGAUGCUUCCGAGGGAGAUGCACAGGUUCCAGGACCCCAGUUGGACAGUCUGUGUGAGCAAUCAGAUGAUACCUUUAUGCGUAAUCCGUCUCGGGUACAACCGGAGCGAGUUGCAGAACAAGAUGCAUCCAAGGGAGCUGUGCAGGUUCCAGGACCUCAAUCGGACAGUCUGUCUCAAUCAUCCUCCAUGAGUUACCCCUUCUCACCCCCUACUCCUGUUCCAAAGGAUCAGCCAGUGAAGAGGAUGGACAAGCCCAGCUCUCCUUCAAAACGGCUAAAUUUAAAGAAAACGACAUUCAAAACACCAAAUGCAACACUGCCGCCGUCAGUUCCUGCACUCGUAGAUGUCAAACUCACGGCUGCCAACACAGGUGUGUGCGAUCCUCCUGUGCGAACGUGUCCAAGUGCUCCGACCAAUGCUCCCCCGGCCCUCCUGAAGUACCUGGCCAAGCUACCGGCCUCCAAGAUGCGUUGGUCUCUCCCUCCUCAGAUGGCGCCUCCCCCUGUAACGGCUACCGCAGCGCCGGCCCGGCCCGCACCCCAACCACCUCAAAAACAAUCGGAUUGCGGAGACACAGGCCGUGAACACACACGACAAUUCUUCCGAAAACUGCAAGAACAGCAGCAACAAAAGGAGGCGUGUCAAGAACGCCAGUCAAACGAUCCUGGUAUUUCACAUGUGCAGGAACCUGCGCCUACACCUGCCCUGAUAGAGCAGCCUGUGGAGCAGCCUCCACUGACUGCUCUCCCAGACCAGCAUCCUUUGGAAAAGCCGGAAGAUGGCUCUCUGCCGGAGCGAAAAACCACGGAAAAUACUCCUUCUGAUGCUCAUCCGAAGCAGCAGCCCGUUAUGGACCAGCCUCCAGCGACUGCUCUCCCGGACCAGCACACUUUGGAAAAGCCUCAAAGUAGCGCGAUCGCGGAGCAAAACCACCUGGACAAUAAUUCCGCUUCUCCUCUUCCGGACCAGCAUCCUUCGGAAAAGCCUGAAGAUGACUCGCUCACGGAGCAUAAACGUCAAGAAAAGACUUGCGCUACUGCUGUCCCGGAGCACCAGCUUGCGGAAGAGCCUCCAGAGGCUGCGCUCCCGGUGGAACAGCCUCCAGGGGCUACUCCCUCAGGACAGCAGCCUUUCGACGAGCGCUCCAGUAUCCCGCCGUUGUCAGAGCCUCUCUCGUCUCCCGGCUCGGACUUGUUUGGCUCUCUGGACGGCGAGUCGUUCGAUUUCUCGUUCACGUUCGACAUGACGCAGGCGACCACCGCGAACGGCAGCCCCGUGUCCGGCGGGACAGCUGCGCUCGUUGAGCAGGCCCCAUCUCCCGACGGCGCCCACGAGUCUGCCACCGCCCUUCCUCCAGAUCCUCCAGAUGAGAUGUCGGUAGAGGAGGACGUCUGCCCACCCGAGCAGUCCCCGCUACCACCGCCUGCAACCUGCGAGGAGCGUCUAGAAACGACGGAUUCGGUCGCCGCGCCGCACUCCGAACCGGACGGGAUUCCUCCGGCAAUCACUGCAGCGCCGGUCGUUGGCGUCGUUGAGCUGAUUGAAGAGGUUCCUCCCCCGCCGGGCCCAAAUAGUCCCGCAGCCGGGAGCCAGGCGCAGAACGCGGGACAGAGCACCGCACCGAAUGGAGACCUGAACCUCGCGCACAACUCAAAGGUCGAGGUAUCUGACCGACAGGUAGUUGUACCGAGUGAAGGACCAAACCCAACCGUGGUCUCGUUGGUCAGUUCGCCUGAUCGACCAGUAGCAGAACCACCAGCUUUAGUAGCAGCAGAAGACCCCGAUUCAGAUGUAGAGCAGGUGCGGCACUGUCCGACGGUGCAGCCUCCUGUCGUAGGCUCGAGCGCCGUGGAGAAUACGGACGACACGGGAGAUUUAAUUGAACAAUCGACGACUGAACAAGCCAACUCGAUAACACAGCCACCAACAGACCAGGAAGUGUACCCAACAGACUCGACGGUGCAGCCCGCAGACACGGGGUUGCAGCUGACGGCCCCGCUGCCGCCCGCACCGGCUGCGGGCAUCGCACCGUCUUCCUUGGCGUCAAUCGCUUUACCGCCGGAAUCCGAAGUCACCCGGACGUCCUCUGCGCCGAUCAUCUCCCUGACGUGCAGCCCUCCCUCGACGGCCCCGCGCCCGAGGGUCGCCACCAGACACCCGUACACUUUCAUUCCACCCUUCCGCAGCAACCUCAAGCCGCUGCUCGCCUCCCCGGACUGCUCGGAAACGUCCGCGUCCGUUAGGACCUCCGUCUCUUUUAACCAGGCCGGUGCGAGUGGUGUGGCACCCGUCUCCGUCGCGGACAAGGAGGUGCCCGUCGUGUUGAAACCCAGCCCUGGAGUGCAGAACGCCGCGGUGUCUUCCUCGGACGACGGGUCCAUCUCCUACAGCCCGCUGUCGGAGCCGGACGACGACAGGUCGCCGGGCGUGCUGGUCAUCGUCGAGGACGACGACGAGGAAGGCGGCGGGGCCGAGACAUUGAGUGAGGCAGAACGGGCAGCGGCAGCCGUUCCGCAGUCAGAUGACCAGCACGUCCCGAACUGUGCCCACGACCAGCUAACCCGUCUCUCGGACGACCAUGCUGACCAGGUCCCCGAAGAGGCACUCAACCUCAUCGGCCCGAUCCCAGCGCUGCCCUUGCCGGAGGCCGACGGCGAGGUGCCGAAUGGUGUCCCCGCUGGCAGCCGAGCAGCUGGCGGCGCGGGCCUCAAGCUUUUGAUGGACUCGUAUGAAGUGGGUUGCAGCCAGCAGUGCCUUAGCAGUGGAUCGACACCGUUCAAGGUGCCAUCGGUCCCCUCCGGGUGCAGCCUGAAGCGACGCGGCUCCUCCUCACCCGAAGGAGCAGAGCUCCCCGCCCACCCCGGGGAGGGCCUCGAGGACGAUGCGACGGCACCAGUCGGGCCGACGCCCUUGCGCUCGAUGGAGGCCCGCGGGGGGCGCCUCAAGAGGCGACGCCUGCUGUGGGCGCUGGACAAGUUCGAACUGUGACAAAAAGAUGACCAGCUCAGAAGCAGAUUGAGAAGACAUCCCCAGCAGCCUCCCAAGAUGCCUCUCCUCGACAACUGCUGCCGCUGCGGCACCCUCCGCACCGGAACCAUCAUCACUGGCUCGCUCGGAAUCG